AUGGCGCCGAGAAGCUUAGGCUCUAUCGCUCUCGGCAGUGAGAUAGCCCCGCUGCUGGACGAGAGGUGGCCGGAUGACCAGUACAAGGUGACCAAGGAAGAAGAAGGUAAUUUUUCCAGAGAUAGCUCUGACCAGGAUGUUGUGGUCGUGCUGGACACAUCGAAAGAGGGGAAGAAAGGUCUUAUCAAGGCACUGACUGACAAAUACCCGGAGACGGAGGGCCUAGCCAGUACAAACGGAGACACCAUUGAAUACAUAGUGAAUACGACAAAGACGGUUUCCAGCAGGGGUGGUAGUGUGGAGAAGGAGAGAUAUAUUUUCCUCCUCCCAUGUAAAGCGUUCGGAAAAGCGACUGGUGGAGCAGAUACUUUCUGGGAGCAAGCUACAAAGCUGAAGGUCCUCAUGGACACAAAUAGUAGGAAGAACGUCACAAUGGUAACGGAAGGAAUAGACAGCGAGUAUGGGAGAAAAGUGCUGGAGGCCGUAUUCUGCGGAUCAGACAUCAGCAUCAGAUUACUUCAAACAGCCUGGACCAAGAAAAAGGACGGCGGAAGAAACAACGAAGACGUAAGAGAAAAGGAUAGCGUGGUCAUCGUGAAAGCUGGCGAGUGUUCGUAUGGGGAUACGCUGAAAAAAGUAAAAGAUGGAGUCGAUAUCAGAAGACUAGGAAUAUCGGUAAAGAGUGUGAGGAAGCUGGGUAGGGGGGACCUAGCGGUUACAGUAGAAGGAGGAAAGGCGAAUGCUGAUAAACUGCGGUCUGAGAUAAGAAGCAACGUCAAGGACAUUGACACAGGGUCUUCGCCCGAAACCCAAAAAGAGAGAGAAAUGACAGCGAGGAAUGUGAAAGCGCUUCAAAAACCGGGGAACGUAGCAGUGAUAGACCUGAAAUGGGAAGAUGCAGAUGAAAGGGUGUAUAAAAGAAAGAGAGGAGAUGGCGAAACCGAUCACCCAAUGUUAAGGGCAGGUUGGCAAUUGGACAAACUUAACAAGCUCAUCGACCAUGCUGACUCGGUGACCAGAGAAUUGGCAAAGAAGACCGCAGAUAAACCCGAAACCGCGGAGGACAUUAAAGACCUAACUAGCAUGCUGAGAACUCAGGAGAGAGAGAGGUCAGUGAGGGAUAUAGUCUCCAAAAGAAAAAGGUCGAAGGAUAGCCCCAAGCAAAGCAAGAAAGCCAAAGACGAAGGAGGAACAGCGGCUCUGAAGGCUGCAGUGUUGCGGCUGGUCAGGAAAAGUAGAGCGCUAGUGGAGCUUGCCAGGGACUCAGCAGGUAUGGAUGCCGAGAUGAAAUCGGCAAUAUUCGAUAUUAGUGAGGUAUCGGAUACCAUAACGAAAGAACUAGGGGAGUACGAGCAGCGGACUGAGAAGGAGGAAAGGGAGCGGGAAAGGGAGAAGGUAGUGUCCGAGGAGGAUCUCGUGAGUUCCGAGAAACUAAAAGGACGGCUGGACCAGGAUUGGCCAGAAGAAUUUUACAGGGCCACCAAGGUUGAAGUUGGCAGUUUAGCUAAGGCCUGUGAUCGAGGGGAUACAGCAAUCCUGGUAGGAUCCCAGGGUAUGGAGGAGAAGUACCUCAAAGUGGUUAAGGAGAGGUUCCCUGUGACGGCGGAACUGGCGAGGGAAUGCAGAGCGGGGAAAAUUGAAUACCUGCUUGACGACAAUAAAAUCAGGACGAGUAGAGGUAACGACAGCGAGAACUCCCGGUAUAUCUUCCUGGUGCCGACGAGGCAGGACCCAGGCUUGAAUCUGGAGCAGUUAUACGAGGUCACGUCCAAGCUCAGGGAGCUUGCCGCGAACAGGGCAAGGGGCGAAAUUCGCACAGUGAUACCACCAGGAUACCAGGCAGGGAGACAAGGGGGGGUUUUAGUCGGAGUAGCGCCCGACACUGCCGAGAGCGAUAGAGCCUAA